UUGAAAGCGUUCAGACGUAGCAGGCGGACAAGAAACAAGACCAGGUCCAAAACGACCCAGUGAAGGUGAAUGCCAAGAAGUGCGGCAAAGUAGAAAAUCCGCUAAUUAAGGCGCGUGUGAAAAGUGUGAAAAAUCUGCAUUCAAAAUCCGUAAAUCCGUACUCAAAAAUCAGCCAGACGGCACUGGCCAAAGCCAUAAAAAGUGAAAAUUAUCGCCUCUAAGUGGAGUGGAAGUGGAAUGGAAACUCGGUUCUUGCGCCGCAACAGGAAAUAAACAGUUAAAAAGACCGAUCGAAGAAGGGAGCGGAGCGACUGGGUGAAGAAGAACCCAAGACUGAAGCUGAUCUGAGACGAAUUAAGCCACGAAAACACAGCCAGAAAAACAGAAGAGCUGAAAAUGAAAGUGGGCCGCGCCUUUGGCUGCCUCUUCUGGGCCCUGCUCUAUUGUGUGCUCUAUCUGGACCUCGUAAGCGCCAACUCCGCCGAUGACGAGCUCCUGGACUUUGACUUUGCGGACUCCAAGGAUAUCGUUUCCGGGGACAACUGGCAGCUGGACGAUCUGGAGGAUCAGCAAGCAGGCGAGCAGGCUGAGAAGAAGUUAGAGUCAAACAUGCUGGACUUUAGCGUGGAUCUCGACGAGCCAGAGCCAGAGCGUCAGGUUCCACCUUUUGACUGGCGGGAACGGGCUUUGAGGAACGCCCUGGCCAAGGCUUUGGCGGACGAGGGGCUGCGCCAGAAGUUCACCGAGGUGAUGCCCAUCCUGAGAGUGCUCUCCUCACAGCAGCGACUGGCCCUGUCCGCUCUGAUCUCUGCCCAGAUGAAUGCGAAGAAGGGUCACGACCUGAAGUUGGAGCAGGUUCGCAUGAUGUUUGGCAACGAGAAGAAGCUGCUGCUGCCCAUUGUCUUUGAUUUGGCCAAUCUGGUGAAGAGUUCUACCCGGAAAUAUAUAAAUCUAGGUAGCGACUUGGCCUCUGCUGCACUGUUCCACCAGCCCAUCGCUCGCAGGGAGGAUGUCCUCGUAGCAGAAGAGUCCCAGCUUGAUGAUCAAGUAGGCACCAUAGCCGUGAGUGCCAAGCCAGAGGAGGAAGCCGUUGAGGAGGAGCAGUCCGAGUCUCUGGAAGACUUCUUCGAUGAGAUGCAGGCGGAGGUAUUGGAUCCUCAGAUGAUAAACGAGGCACUGCAGGCCGAUAUGCGAAAUAACAAAACCAAGCCUUUGGAGGAGGGAAAGCAUGGUCAAAGAGUGCGCCGUUCGGCCAAUGAAUUUGUCCACAAACUCACACGAUCAGUGCCCAUUUCGGUGACGGAACAGCAGCUCUUGGGUGGAAUUGCAGGACGCACUGUCAAACUUAAUACCACAGCCUUCCAGCAGCCCAUUGGCUCUAAUGAGGAGGAGGAGGAGGAGGCUGUGGCUUCCAGUCAGUCAUAUUCAGAGGUUGAAGACCUGGCCUUCGCUGGCCUUAAUGGCACAGAACUUCCUCUAAGUGCGGACGAAAGACUGGACCUCCAGCGAAACAGCGGCGAGGAAAUGGAGAAGCGAGAGGAGCCUCUGCCCAGUCCCGAAGAGCUCAUAGCCGGACCCCGUUACCGCCUGAGCAAGCGACCGCCUCCCGGCCAGAAGUCUGCGUCGCCUAUAAAGCGGAAGAGGGUGCAGACGGUGGCCAGUGGGCGGCCAGGACGACCCAAGACCGCCGCUAGUUCCCACAAGCCAGUGGUGUCGCCUCCAAACAAGAAAUGCGAGCGAUUCACCAGCAACAUGUGCAUCCGCACCGAAGACUAUCCGCUCGAACAGAUCAUGGGCAGCAUUCGACGGCACAAGAAUGCCAUGUCCGCCCUCUUGGCCGAGUUCUACGACAAGCCCAACAAUAAUCUGGAGUUUGGCGAUGAGUUCGAUGACUUUAGCCUGAGCAAAAAGAGGCGUGAGGACGAGGGCAGUGCCGGCGGCAUGUGCCAGAGCGUGGUCCGCUAUGCCCGACCCCAGAAGGCCAAGUCCGCUUCGGGAGAGUGGAAGUACAUAGUAAACACUGGCCAGCACACGCAAACUUUGCGGCUGGAGAAGUGCAGCAAUCCCGGCGAGAGCUGUUCCUAUCUGGCUCAGACCUAUCGCUCACACUGCUCGCAGGUUUACAACUACCAUCGUCUGCUCAGCUGGGACAAGGUGCGCGGCCUCCACGUGGACAUCUUCAAGGUGCCCACCUGCUGCUCUUGCCAGGUGGAUGGCUACCGUCAGCAAUUCCCGCCACUCUCCUCCAUCCAGGCCAAGGACUACUCGCCUCUGGCCAAUAUCAAUGCGAACAAUAAUGGCUACAGCACCAUAAACGAGGAGGAUCUCGACUAUGCUGAUGAGAGCGAGGAGGAUGAACUGGGCCUGCGCUACCCCUCGUUCAAUAACCGGGAGACCAAUGAGCUCUAUGCCAGCAGUAAGAAGGUGAGGGUUAAGCUGCCUGGUGUCAGCACCAGCGUGGGUCCUUACCUCAGUCCUCCGGACGACGACGAGGAUCGCUAUGGAGGCGGAUUCAAGGGCUCCAGCUCCAGCUCCAGUUCCAGCUCCAGCUUCGGCUCGAAGAAGUAUUACAGCCAGGCGAGCCGCCGGCGGCCGCAGCAGCAGUCGGAGGCGCGGCUGGACUUGGAUCUGGCGCCGAGCGAGACGCAUUCGGACCAAGAGGUAAACCCAUUUGGUGGUGCUGCCGAGAAGCCGCGAGUCCCGCUCAACCGCAAGCGUAUUUUUGCCUCCACCCACACAGCCGCACCCGCAAUAUCAUCCGCUUCAGCAUCACCAGGAGGAGCUGCCUUUGGCCUACGAUUUCCACAGACCACAAGCCUACCAGCCCGCACGGGAACCGCUGCCAUCGGUCCGGGAGGCGGCUAUGGCCUCGCCAUCGGUGCCGGCGGUGGCCCUGCCGCCCAUGCCCAUCAAGCAGGUGCCAUCGCAGCACCCGGUGCAUCCACAGCUGCGCCACCUCAGCCCGGCCGGAGCAAGUCGCGACCCCGCUUCUAUGCCCCACCAGCCACGACGACAGCCGGCUCAGCAUCAUCAUCAGCAGCAUCGCCGCCACUUCCGACCCAGCACACCGCACACUGGGAGCCGGAUCGGGAGCGGGAGCGGGAUCAGUCGACGGCAUCACCAGCAGCAGUACAGCCGCCGGCCGUCUAUCCGGUGAGCUCGAUCUUAACCAGCGGCGGAACGAGUGCGGAGUCGGCGGCGGGCAAGAGGAUCAACUACAACUACCAUCCCAUCAUUGAUUUCUUCGAGAAGAACCGGCGGGCUGAGGCAGCGGCAACCACAGUGCAUCCGACGGCAGUGGCGGAGGAGUCCCGGAUCGUGGAGCAGCGGGUGCCAGGCGCCGGAGUGUUCCAGCAUUCCAUACCGGUGCCCACGACCCACGAGCGUCGCAUGGGAUUCGGCGCCGGUGGCGGUGGUGGUGGCAGCGGCAUUGCUGUGGGUGGUGGUGGGCAACGUCCGGGUGCAGGUGCUCCUGGUCGGCUGGGCUUUGCCAGUGACAACGCCUGGACACCCAUGGUUGUGGAGUAGACUAAGUCGCAUGAUUCCGUUCAGCUUGAAACCCACGCAAAUCUAACGCAUUAAUAAUAAUCUCUGCCGUUCUCGCCAGGAGCCUAAUCUCGUAGUGGUCCAGCUGGUCCAGCUCCUAAUCUCAACUACC